AAUAAAUAUUGUGGAAUAUGCGCUCCACCAGAGGUAUCAUUCAAAUGGCACAAUCCUCGAAAGCGUACCUCCUAAAUUUCCUCAAGACUGUGACAAGGGCUGGAGAUGCAAGAAUCCCUAGAUUUGUUGAUAUUCAAAAUGAUAAUUCUUUUGGAAAAUAUGCCAUAGUCCAACCUUGGCUAGUUUCUGAACAAGUUACUGUACCUGCAUAUAUACCGCAACCAUCUUAUAGUCAAUCGUCAAUACCCAAAAAUGGACCGACAAUAUCUGAGAUCAAAGAUAAAAAUCAAAUAGAAUGUAUGAGACAGAGUUGUAAGCUCGCUAGUCGCAUUUUGCGUCAAGUUGAUAUAUUAAUUAAGCCAGGCAUUACAACCGAUUUUCUUGAUAAACAAGUACAUGAUAUGAUCAUUGGCAAUGGAGCUUAUCCCAGUCCACUCAAUUACCACGGUUUUCCCAAAUCUAUAUGUACAAGUGUUAACAAUGUUGCUUGUCAUGGCAUUCCAGACAAUAGGCCCUUACAACAAGGCGAUAUAAUUAACGUUGAUAUAACAGUAUAUCUUAAUGGUUAUCAUGGCGACUGCUCAACUAUGUUUCAAGUAGGUGAAGUCGAUUCAGAAGCCAAACGAUUGAUAGCAAUCACGGAGUUGUGUUUAAAAUCAGCUAUUGAAAUAUGCAAACCGAAUGAGCCUUUUUGCAAUAUUGGUAAUGUGAUAGAAGAGACUGCAAAUAAACAUAAUUUGAAUGUAAUACCUGGGCUUUUGGGCCAUGGUAUUGGAACUUAUUUUCACGGUGCUCCGGAUAUUUUUCAUUUUGCAAAUAAUUUUCCUGAGAGAAUGAAAUCAGGUAUGACAUUUACUAUCGAACCAGCAUUAAGUCAAGGAACGAUGCAGAUAGAAAUUCUAGAAGAUGGAUGGACAGCUUGCACCAUCGAUAAUUCUAGGACAGCUCAAGUCGAACAUACAGUUUUAAUAACAGAUACUGGGUGUGAAGUACUAACGCUUUAGUUUAUCAUUAUUGUUAUUCUGUAAUUAGUUCUAUCAAUCAUGCUAUUUGUAAACAAUAUUUAUAUAUAUUAUUAAUGUACA